GAGAGUAGGAAGUCUUCCUAUUACUCCUACCUACUAAUUAAUCGUAACAUUUGAAACGUCGUGUGGAUAAUGUAUAAAGUGCGUGUGAACACCGUGAGUUCUUAAAGGAUACGGAAUAAACAUAAAAGCCUUAAACCGGAACCGAACGAAUAUGCUUAUAAAAAAUAUACGAUACAUCACACGAAUUUUUACAUUCCGUCGCGCGAAAUAGGUACAUACAUAAGCAACAAGUAACGAUUAACGAGAGAAUAAAAGAAAGAAUAAAACGGUACCGGUAUAAAAUAAACAAAAAAAAAAAAAAAAAAAACGAAAGUAACUAAAAAGGCUGACUAUUGUUAAAUAAUAACUUUAAAAAUAUUUAUAUAUUACGUAGGUUUUCAAUGUAUACUUAAAAAUUACUCGAAGUAGAAAAAUAAGUAUAAAAAUUGAACAUACAAUUAACUGUAGUCACGUAUACAUAUAUAUUGGUGUAAAAAUCAGACUUUCCGCAAGUCUCUUUCAACUGGUGAUAUAUUUUGAACGUUAUACUUACGAUUUUGACGUUUCGUUGCGUCAGCCGCCGCCGGACGCGUGGAACGUGGCCUUCUUUGUUCCCGAGAGUUGCAGAUAAGUUUGUUGCAUCAGGUCGCUGCAUCCAAGUUUUGAAAAUUUCAUUUUCAACUUGACACACGUACAUAAAAAAAAAAACCUGUCGCGGUUAUUGGAUCGCAGUUCUGUGAUAUCGACAGCUCUCCAUCAUCUAUCUCAUCCUGCCUAACUUCACAUACUAGGCCAGCCAGUUGUUGAGCCAUUCUUGUGGUGUGACUACUUCUUUUGGUCAGACUACAAUUUGGCAGUGUUUCACGUUACCUACUUCUACUAACGUAGUCGGUCGUCGGUCACACGUAGCAGGAAUGGACACAUCGGGCUCGCCUGUACCGGAUGCAAUCCACCCUCUUGUAGAACAGCUGCAAGAAGCUUUGGUGCUUGAGACCAAGUAUCAACCCAAUCUUCAACUACCCAUUACCACACAGAAUGACGAGAUAACCAUUGGCGCUCGGGAUGGAUCGGCGCACGUGUUACGGUGCCUGAAGGUGUGGUACGACCUACCAUCAGAUGUGUUCUUCAUAGCGAUCAAUCUCAUGGAUCGCUUUCUGACUAAAAUGAAGGCAAGGCCUAAGCACAUGGCCUGUAUCAGCGUGUCGUCGUUUCACAUCGCAGCGGUUCAAAUGGCUCAAUCGUUGGAUGCAGACCAUUUGGUUUCCAUAUCUCAAUGCAAAUGUACUGGCGGUGACCUUAAACGCAUGUCAGAAGUCAUCCGUAACAAACUUGGAUGGGAUUCGGGUGUGCAAGUUGUCACUGCUCUUACCUUUCUUCGACUGUUCAAUGUCAUGUUUCAUGCCGCUGCUGGACAGUUGGGACUCGCCGAUUUAUAUGCUAAUAUUGUCAAGGAGUCUGAACUUCUUCUGAGAUUAGAAAUGGUGGCGUGCGAUGGUAACUGUGCGAGUCUAAGACCAUCCGAAGUUGCAUUGGUUUUGUUGUGUACGUACUUAGAUAGCGCUGUAAACCGUCUCGAUAGCAAUGCUGAUGCCACUAUGUCCCUUGCUGGUAUUGCUGGCCCGUCCACCUCCAAUUCAACAGUUGCUGCUAAUCCUGCUCAUCAGAUGCUGAGACUUGUUGAUUUUGCUGCGGAACUUCAGAAAAUUUGUAAGAUUCCAGAUGAAAGCUUUUAUCGUACACACGAAUUGGUAGGCGCAAUAUUGAGCAAAUACAACGCCCAAGAGCAAACACCGCACAGACAGAGGCUGGUUUGGAGAUUAUCAUCUCGGACCGCUCGUCUUUUACGACCAACUGAUAAAUUCACCUCAGUCUUACCAGCCAUUGCUGAGCAUGCCCCGAUUCCUUCACCUAGCAGGAUCAGGUGCGGCAGCAUAAGUUCAUCAUCCAGCUGGUCCAGUGAGGAGGAAAUUGGCAUUGACUGGGAUAUGGACAGCACGGAUGGAAUUUUGCAUCCUAUUGAUUGGCCGAUUCAGUGUUAAUCAAGUGAGGGUACGAAUUGAAGGACUUAAAGCUACAACAUUUCGAAUCCCAAUUAUGUCUUACCUACUGUCGCAUCAUACAUCAAAUUUGGGUUUGCAUUUUGCAUCAAAGAAAAAUUUUAUGAAAUAAAUUUCAGGAAUACUCUUGUGAAGAGAAAAAAUUAACAAUCAAGAUAGAGAGUGAUAAGUUUUUUUUUUUUUACUUAUUUGUUGAUUUCACAUCAUGCUUGGAUUGCGAGUGUAUGACGGUGUUGUUAAAUUAUCCCUGUGAGGUACGUGAUAGCAAUCAACCCAUUUUGAACGGUCUUGCACUACUUGAACUGUUCUAUAAACAGUUUCGUACUAAUUCUGCAGUGCACAUUGAAUAAGAUUUUUUCCUGAACAUCUGAGUACAUGAUAUCUACCGUACAUACGUAUAUACAUACCUAUAUUCACUAAAAUAACAAAAGCCAAGCUAAAAUAUAUAUAUAUGUAUGUAUAUAUACAUUUAGAAAAAAAAAAAAAAACUAUAAAAGAAAAUUUGAAAAAGUUAUUAAUCGUAAAAAAAAAAAAUGAUAAAUUUUUAAUUUAAAAAAAUAUAAAAUAGCGUAAUAAGGAGGUAAACUUAUUAAGGUGGCUUGACAUAGCAUAAGUUUGAAGAGCCAAUUGGUCAGUUGAAAUUGUUUUUGUUCUAGUUCCAGAAUUGCAACAAAUGAGUAUAUAAAAAACAAAAUGUUGCGCGUUGAGAAAAUGUGAAGAAAGUGUAGGGUACAGGUUUUCAUUCUGGAAUUAUGACAUCAAUUCAUUGAUACCAAUUCAUUGACACUUGUAAGUGGUUCCGUUAUUGGCAGAAGGGUGUCAUCCGUUUUUCAGUCUAGCCUGUAUCGAGGUUGUCUAUAAUGGGCUGCUCACGUGACGGUACUGUGGAGAGAAAUGAGAAAUGUGAAAUUUAGCCAGGUGCGCCAUUCUAAAUCUUAUUACAAAGCUCUGUGGUUACUCUCGAGAUUCGGAUUACAUGUAAAGUUUUGACGAUUUAAAGAAAAGUAUAAAAAUUAUAUUUAUUUAUUAUGUGUUGUGACAAACAAGGCAAAAAUUAUUCAUUAUAGUAGAUGCAUUUCUAUGAUGUUUGGUUGGCAAUGUAUAUUGAACAUAAAAAACUAGGGUUGCGAUAUAUUGUGAGAAAAUACCAGAGUAGAUAAGUGGAUGGAUGAGCGUCAGAACACAGCCAGUUUGUGCUAGUCAAGAGUCACUAUGUUCAAUCUCUGUUUUUAAUUUAGUGUUUUAAUUGUCUUGGUUUUUAUUAUCCUAAUUGAUUAAUGAAGAUAUAAAAUAUCUCAUUAAGUAAAAGGCCCUAAUAUUAAAACAUUUUUGUAGUUUAUUUUAUCUAAAGGUUUAUAUGAUAAACCAAUUCCAAAAGUAGCUUCAAUCUCAUAGAUUCUGCAUAAGAGUCACGGGUAAAGCGUUAAUAAACUCAUUCAAAUAAAUGAUUUACCUUUUACAUUCAGUUUAUACAUUUCAGGGUAAAUCUCUGGCAUUGGGUAAAUAUUUUCUGAGAAACAUUACGGUACGCGUGUAUUCGAAAAGUUGAAAAUAAACUAGUGCAAUUUUGUGUGCUGGUAACGGGUUUUAGUUACAUGUAACCCUCUACGACUUUCUUACCAACAAAAUUAUGGUUUCGUAUCGGAUACAUUUAUUGUGCAUUCGAAUGCAAAUCAUAUAGACAUUUAUAUAUCCAUCAAGACGUCCCAUCACGAAUUUUUAAUACUACAGUUAUCAUUUUUCUUUUAAGUCCAAUAUCACUUAUCGUAGGAUGUUCUACGUGCCUGCAAUCUGGCAGUGGCUUUCGAUGAUAUUGUCGAAAAUAACUUAAGUCUCGCCUUAAUCACAAUUAUUGUGCUCUACAUAUAAGUUCGGGCGUUUUCACGAAUAAAAAAAAAAAAAAAAAAAAGGAAAAAGUGAUGUAACAUUCUUUUUGAUGUAUGAAAUUUUUUAUUUAAUUUAAUUUGUUAUUGAAUCGUAGUAUGUUCUACGGCCGCCCGGUCAUGGCGGUAUCUCUUACUUAGACUAUCCAACCAUUUCUCGAAUAAAUUAUUCUUCAGACGUAUUUGUCUCCUUUUUUUCUCAAUACAAGCUUAAAUUAAUACCAAAAAUCUUCAAAAUGUAGUAGCCAGACCGUAUUGUUUGCUUAAAAUCAAUGUGAAUAAUUUAUUCACUUUGGUAUUGAGUAAACUGUAUUCCAUUUCUUUUUUUUUUUAUGAUUCACACCGAUCAUUUGAAAUCGCAAAAAUUAAAUCACAUUAUAACAGCUUUGAUUCAAGUCGUCCAAAAAUGUUGGUAUGGAUUGUUGUGGGGGUGGGGGAAAGGAUUAAUUAUUUUCUUGAUUUUCCGCGUCAUUGGCAGUUCUAAAACGAAAUAUAAUUAGCUACAUGAAUCGUCGUUACUUCGAUAUACUGCUUACUUUCAAAACUCAUUGUUGCUCCAUUGCUGGUGAGAAUGAAUAUUGCCUUUCCCGGUUAGCUGACUCUUGCAUCGAACUUGUAACAAAAACAAUAAAGGAAUAAAUAAGAAUUGUUUUAACAAAAUACUGAGCAACAUCUGACGUAAUAAGUAUAAGAGUCUUUCUUAGAAAUUAAUAAAUAAAGUGAUAAACGUAAGUACCAUCACGUUGUUACAUCUGUGAUACAUCAGCCAGCCAGCCAACCAAGUAUAAUCUUAAAAAAAAAAAUACUGUCAAAAGUACAAAAUAAUUAUUUGAAUUCGUUAAAGGAAUCAAUGUGAAUAAAAGUAUUUCAACAUUGCCCUUUAGAAGGGUAAAAGAUCUCAGUCAUAAAAAUUCAGUCAAAUUUUGUAUUGUAUCAUAUUGAAAUACUGAUUUAUACCAUCUAUAAUUACUAUCAGGUAAAAAAAAAAAAAACCCUGCACGUGGUAAAAAAUUUGCUUGUCAUCUAGCUUUAUAUUGUAAGUGUAAUUGUUGCAUAUUAAUGUGGAACAGAAUGAAUUUUUUUCAUUUCAAUUUUACAUACCCAUGACGAUUUCGACAUACAUAUCGUGUUUUCGAUAUUAUUAAACUUUUCGAUAUAGCGUUUGAGGAAACAUUAAUCAUUCUGAAUAUUUACACUUGACAAACAAUCAACUUUUAUCGAAAUACUUAUAAAAUUGUAAUAUUUAUUUAAAGCUUCAUUUACCAAGCAGGGUUUCACUACCGUUCCAUUAAACGAAAAUAGCAUGAGUUUGACUGAAAUUUUAUGAUGACAUGUGAAGCUAUAUCUGCAGCUUCACAUUUAAAUAAAGUGUGAGAGAGUGUAUGUUCAUAAAAAUAUUUAAGAAGAAAGCAAACGUAAUUUAGGAAAGAUGUUUCUGUAUGGUGCAAGUGUGUCACCAUAUCAAAGAGGGUCGGCAGAGAAACACACAACUCUUGUAUAUAGUGAAAAAAUGUAUUUUCUUUUACGUGUCGAAUCGUCUCUGCCGAUUUUCGAUGUUAAAUAUCUUAAUAUUAUUAUUAUAUAACAUUUGAUAAAGAGAGUGCACAAUGUUUUGCCCCUUAAAUGUUUACACAAAAAAAAAAAAAAAAGGAAAAGCAAAAAUAAAAGAAAAGAAAAAAGUUAUUAUAAACAUAUGUAUUUGUAUACAUUUUCGUAUACACAGGGUAAAGCGAGAUAACUUUCUGCGCCUUGAAUAUUAUGCACACUGAAAAGACAACAGAUGCUUAUUUCAUUGCUGACAAAUUGGAUUGCGACAAUCAAUACUCAUAGAUGUUUGCAAGUACCGUCACUGUUCUGAAGUGAAGUUUAAACUAAUAUAACUGUCAAAUUUUUUCCAAAUACAAUCUUGUCAGAUACAAAUUUACAUUUUCUAAUUGCACUGUGUAAUAUGUUACGCCACAGAUUUUUUCGACAGUCUUAUUAAAUUAUUGGGAAAUAAUACUGCUCUCUUUUUUCAUGUAUAAGGUCUCCAAUAUGGACAGUCAUCUCUCCUCACCCUUGUAUAUAUAUAUAAAUUUAUAUAUUAUAGUUAAUAUAUUAUUGAAAGUUAUUAAAUAUUUCGUUUACUCUGAUUCUUACGAUUAUUAUUGUAUCAUUGUCAGCAACUCUACACAUCGUACUUCUCCAUCUAUGUAAAACUUUCAUAAUUCUGUUCUUCAUGUAUAACUUGUGAUCAAGUACCUUGCAUCAUUUUCGCAAAUUAAUCUUUUCCUGAUUUUAUAAUAGUGUUCGUCUGUGUAUGUAAUAUGCAUUACAACAUGGCAAAUUCUGUUUCAUUUUUAUGCCGCAAGAAAUGAAGAAGACAAUUUUGUACAUUACUGGUAUACGUUACGAAUGAUCAUCCUACGAAAUUUCGAAGUAUAAAUAUUAUAAUGCGGAAGCAUUAUGUCAUUUUAAUGUCAUUUUCAUUUCAUUUUUAUUUGAACAUUUCGGAUUGAAUGCAAGUAUUUAGCGCGAGUGAAAAAAAUAUUAUACGACUAAGGAAUAUGUGUGCAUCUGUGUUAAACGGAAUUAAAAUGAAGCAGUAUUUUUAACAUAAUUAUAAACAAUAAUUUCGAAUUGAUGCAAGUUACUUGAAUAAUUUACAUAUAUUUUUCACCAUGACUAAAAGAUUUUGAUGUUACAAAAAAAAUUAACUGCAAAAAUAUAUGUUCACAUAAAUAUUUUUAAAAAAUUACCAGCAAAUCAAAUACCUAUUGUACAUUAAAAUAUCGGUAUAAUGUCAUUGUUGUUAUCAGAAUAAGAUAUUACUGACAGUAUGAUUUUUCUUUCACAUCCGUUGGCGAUUAGUAUUGAAUUUGUAAUGCAGAAAACAAACUCAUUUGUAAUAAAUACAAAAUUCCGUGCAGCCAUAAAAAAAUCUUAUACUUGA